UGCGCAUGUCUGAGUUCGGUUGCUACCGUGUCAGUUGGUGAUAUUUACUUACCGUCAUUUGACCAACUAUUAGUUCUCCAAAUCUGGGGGCAAGUCGUUCGUGUCUUGACUUUAGCGAGUUUUAUGGCGUAGUAGUGUAAGUGGCUCAUUGGUCACGUGACGUCGGUCACCUGAUCUGCUCUGCAGCCUCAAAAGAAAAAAGAAAUGGCGGCCCACUUAUCCUACGGGAGAGUCAAUUUAAACAUUUUGAGAGAAGCAGCACGCAAAGAGCUAAGGGAAUUUUUGGACAAGUGUGCGGGAAGCAAGGCCAUAGUUUGGGAUGAAUAUCUAACUGGACCGUUUGGAUUAAUAGCACAAUACUCUCUUCUAAAGGAACAUGAAGUGGAAAAGAUGUUCACCCUCAAAAGUGGUCGGCUCCCCUCUGCCGAUGUCAAAAACGUUAUCUUCUUUGUCCGCCCCAGACUAGAGCUUAUGGAUAUCAUUGCUGAGAAUGUAUUCAGUGAAGAAAAGCUGCAUUCCACACGUGACUUCCACAUCCUGUUUGUACCCCGGCGGAGCAUGUUGUGUGAACAACGGCUCAAGGAGCAGGGUGUGCUGGGCUCCUUCAUCAACAUUGACGAGUAUAUCCUGGACCUGAUUCCCUAUGACGGUGACCUGCUGUCCAUGGAAUAUGAAAGUGCCUUCAGGGAGUGCUACUUGGAAAAUGACCAAACGAGCCUUUACCACACAGCCAAGGGCCUUAUGACUCUCCAGGCGCUGUAUGGCACUAUUCCACAGAUUUAUGGCAAAGGAGAGUGUGCGCGGCAUGUUGCUAACAUGAUGCUGAGGAUGAAGAGGGAGUUUGCAGGUGUUCAGAAUCAGAUCCUGCCCGUGUUUGACACACUGCUCCUCUUGGACCGGAAUGUAGACCUGCUAACCCCUCUGGCCACGCAGCUCACAUAUGAAGGCCUCAUUGAUGAGAUCUACGGAAUCAAUAAUGGUUAUGUCAAGUUGCCACCCGAGAAGUUUGCCCAGAAAAAACAAGGCGAAGCGAGUAAAGAUUUUCCCACAGAGCCCAAGAAGUUGCAACUCAACUCAGCAGAGGAACUUUAUGCCGAAAUCCGUGACAAAAACUUCAAUGCUGUUGGAGCAGCACUGAGUAAAAAGGCCAAAAUUAUUUCUGCUGCCUUUGAGGAACGCCACAAUGCCAAAACAGUGGGGGAAAUUAAGCAGUUUGUGUCUCAGUUGCCUCACAUGCAGGCAGCACGGAGCUCCUUGGCCAACCACACAUCCAUAGCAGAACUUAUUAAGGACAUCACAACGUCUGAGGCCUUCUUUGAUAACCUAACAGUGGAGCAGGAGUUCAUGACUGGAGUUGACACAGAUAAGGUGAACACGUACAUUGAAGAUUGCAUUGCCCAAAAAGAUCCCCUCAUCAAGAUUGUGCGUCUCGUGUGCAUGCAGUCCGUUUGUAACAACGGCCUUAAACAGAAGGUCCUCGACUACUACAAGCGAGAGAUUCUCCAGACCUAUGGCUACGAGCACAUUCUCACACUGAAUAACCUAGAGAAAGGGGGUCUUUUGAAGCCACAGAUGAGCUCGAGGAAUAAUUACCCUACCAUUAGAAAAACCCUUAAACUGUGGAUGGAAGAUGCAAAUGAACAGAACCCCAAUGACAUCUCAUACGUGUACAGCGGCUACGCCCCAUUAAGCGUCCGACUCACCCAGGUGUUGUCCAGGCCAGGCUGGCGGAGCAUCGAGGAGGUGCUGAAGAUGCUCCCAGGUCCGCACUUUGAGGAGCGCCAGCAGCUGCCUGCUGGACUCCACAAAAAACGCCAGCAGGGGGAGAAUAGGACUACGCUGGUGUUUUUCCUCGGCGGGGUGACAUAUGCCGAAAUAGCCGCCCUCCGUUUCCUUUCUCAAAUGGAGGACAGCGGGAUGGAAUAUGUUAUAGCGACAACUAAACUCGUCAACGGCGCAUCUUGGAUCAAAUCCCUCAUGGACCGACCCGAAGCUCAGAUGCACUGAGUCGACCGUGGCGCACCUGGACACAUCAAACCACCCUUUGACUGGCCAGUUUUCAUGUCGAUAUCAGCAUGUUGCAGGUGUCUCACUGAUGUCCGUGUUAAGUGAAGCAGAUGAAGCACUUUUUCUGUACCUUGCUUGUACUGAGGGGAUUGAAAACAACUGGCUUAAUCCAACUGUUACUGUGUACCAUUAGAAAAGGCAAUUCUGUUAUGGAGAUGCUGUACAUAAUGUAUUUAUGAAGUGUUUGUCGUGUGUGGUUUUUUUUCCAUUUAAUUAUGAUCAUUGUUGAAACAUUCCUCUUUUGUGUGUAUGCUGUUUUCCUUACAGAUAAAUCAUUAAAUCAUGAAGUUAAGCUGG